CCGAUCAGCUUCAGUGGAAGAAAGAGCGUAGCAAUAUUAUCAGAGGGUCAAAUUCUGGAGCACGCCCCAGCGCCGCGAGGACACCAGGUAUACUCCCUGAAGAAAUUCAAGAAAAGAAGCAUCAUGGAAUGCGAACAAAAGUAAGGAGACAUACCCGAAGCAAUUUGCCCCACCUCCGUUCAACCGAGCGACGUGACGGCGAACCGUCAGGGAUGGAAAAAAUAGUCUUCGCCGACACAAGAGCAAGCCCCAUUGAGUUGACCAAUGCAAUAUGAAUUGCAGGCAAUCGCAUAACUUUGUCUAUGAGCAACGAUGCUCGCCUCGAGCCAACCAAGGCACUCAGACAACGGGAUCGCUCAUAUCUUCGCGACCCCGCGUCCUUGCCCCUUGCGGGGCAGAGCACCUCGAUUGUCCAAGAACGAGCUGCAGAUUCGGUCGAAGGAGAGGGCGACUGCUACCACGAAGGAUGAGCGCGUGCCUCCGGGCCCUUGACCGCGUCCAUGCAUGGUCCGAGGAUUCUGACUUGCUUAACGCCAGACGCUUUCCAGUACGGACGGGACAGUAAAUCUGCGUCUCCGGGGACUUUGCCCACAGCGGAAGAUGAGAGCGUCAGGGAGCUCUGCGUUCGGGAGCUGCGAUGGCGAUUCUUC